UAUUAAGGGGCGAAAACAAUCACUUUUCAAUUGUCCAUACUAAACUGACAUAAAUUCAGUUAUGUUCACUAAAUCCCAGUUUAAAACUGGACCAAACUUCCAUUCCAUAACUAACAUCUUUCACCAUUUUUGCAACUCAAAGAAUCUAAAAGCCAUUACAAUAUUUCAUGCACAUUUAAUUACAACAGGAUUACUCUUCAUCUCCCCUAAUCUUCAGUUCAAACUCAUUUCAUCGUCCACAACUUCACUUCAAACCUUAACCAAUUUCUUCAAAUUACUCAAACCAAGAAACCCUUUACUCUUAAAUUCAAUUCUUUCCCAUUUUUCCCAAAAUGGGUAUCAUUCUUUAUCUCUUCAUACAUUCUCUUUUAUGCAUUUUAAUUGUAUUGACAUUGAUUCAUACACAUUGUGUAGUUCCAUUACAGCUUCAUCUGCUGUGAAAAAUUUAAACUUUGGGGAAAUAAUUCAUACCCAUGUGAUAAAAUCAGGUUGGUUAUCUAGUGUUUAUGUGGGGUGUGCUUUAGUUGAUCUGUAUGCAAAAUCUUUGUGUAUCAAGAAUGCAGAUAUGUUGUUCGAUGAAAUGCCUGUGAAGAAUGCAGUGUGUGUAAAUGCACUUCUUUCUGGUUACUCUGAAGCUAAGAUGUGGAUAGAUGGACUGGCAUUGGUUAGAAAGAUGUUAUUUUUAAAUCUAUGUUGUGAUAAUUUCACUUUUUCGGCUGCUUUGCGAGCUUGUGUAGGGCUAUCUGCUUUUGAAUUAGGUAAGCAGGUUCAUGGAUGUGUUAUUCGAAAAGUUGAUGAUGUGGAAUCUGAUGUGUUUCUGCAAAGCUUGUUGAUUGAAAUGUAUGGAAAAUGUGGGUUAGUAGAGAAGGCUAGGCGUGUAUUUGAUAUGGUCGGCUUUAGAUGUGGAGAAAGAAAGAAGGAUGUUGUUCUGUGGACAUCAAUGCUCGGUGUUUGCGGAAGAAAUGGGAAAUUUGAAGAAGCGAUUGGUCUGUUUAAUGACAUGGUAAUGGAAGGAAUCAAACCAGAUGGCGUAGCGUUAUUGACUGUUCUCUCAGCUUGUAGUCAUACUGGCCAUGUAAAUCUUGGGAUGCAGUACUUUGAAUUGAUGGCGUGUAAUUAUAGUUUGGAACCCAGCCCCGAGCACUACAGUUGUGUGAUUGAUUUACUGUGUCGUGCAGGUGAGUUGGAUAGAGCAUGGAAUUUAAUCAACGACUUAUCUUACAAAGAGAAUGGUAAUUUCACUGUUACCUUGUGGGGAGCCUUGCUUAGUGCCUGCCAUAAUUUUGACAACGUCGAACUAGGUAAAUUAGCUGCUCAAAGGGCACUGGCUUUGGACCCUCAAAAUGACGGUGUUUAUGUUCUGCUGUCGAACAUGUAUGCCAGGAAUGGCAUGUGGGAUGAAAUUGAGAUGCUGAGGGAACAGAUAAAAGAGAAAGGAUUAAAGAAAGACAUAGGACAUACUUUGAUAGAUAUCACUAGAUGAGAUAAAGGCAAUGAUCAGAAAUAUGCUACAUUCUUCUUCUCAUGGAUUCGUUUAGUUAAAAGAAAUGGUUUAAGAGGUAUCACUGGCACAGAUUGUGAGGGUCCUUGUUGAAGUGCUAAAGAGUGCCUCUUCCAUCUCAAUAAAGAGCUACUUGAGAGAAAUCUUUAUUCUACUGAACUGGAGAAGUUCUUAAAAUUCAAUAUUCAUUUAAGCUCUUUAAAGUCCUUAUGGACUUGAAGUGAUGAACCGAUUUCUUUUUUCUGAAGUGACAACAUAGAAAGAAGAUUUGGGCUGGGCCAUGACUUUAAAAUGCUCGGACUUAAUGAGAAAUAUAAGGAGAGUUCUAUAGCAUGAAAGAUUAUGGAAUUACAUAAGAGCAGGGAGGAGGGAAGAUUUAGAGUAGAUAAAGAAGAAACUCUGGCAAUUCAAUGUAAAACUUUGUGGGACAAGCCAGUCAUCAGGGCUGCAUGACGCACACAACAUGACAAGAACUAGGUCAUCUGGAAGAGUAACCAUAAUCCUUUAUAAGUUGCCUCAUAGUUGAAGUAUAAAGAUUACAACUAAAUAUCCGGAAAUUACUCCUUAGUUCUUAACUUUUGAUAGUCAGGAAUCAAAGUGAAAUGGGUCCUAAUUAGUCCAUUAACAUAUAAUAGACAGAUGAGCUAUAUGAAGGGAAGUCCAAAUCAUAUUGUGUUAAGAAAUAUGCUUGCCUCCUCUGUGAAGGAUAAAUUUAUUGUUUGUUCUUUCAUAGUUGUGCAUUGAGAUUCAUUUGCUAAGUUGUGGGAGGACUUGAGUAUCACUGAUACUCUUUGGAAGUUAGAGAAGUUUUGGAACCUGAUAUUUAUGUAUGUAUGAGGUGAUCCUUAUGGUUCGGUUGGACAUGUUAAACUCUCAUGUAUAGCAAGAUUCAGUUCAUGAAAUAAGUUGGAUUUGAUCUUCUAAAACCAUGUAUGUAGAUGGAAUAUGUGCUAUGCUGUUCAAAGAUCUCCAGAUAUUUCCAACUGUACUACCAUUAGCUACUAAUGCAUAAUUCAUCCUAAUAAAGAUUGUACCUCAACAGUUUUUCGCUGUGAAUUUCGUUUAUCCACUUACUCUAAUAAAUAGAAGAUAUGGUUUAUUUCAGUGCUGGAGGUUCAAUUUCAUAUUGCAAGAUUCAGAAGGUAAUUGAGCUUGGUAGAUGGACAGCAUCUACAUGUUAAAACCUGCCUCCAAUCAUGGAUUUAUUAUAACUAUUUGUAAAGUUUUUGUCGUUACUCUGCUGAGAGCUCUGAUUUAAGAUUGCUUUUUCAUUUUUAUCUUGAUAUAUGAUGUACUUGUAAUUUACUGCAAAAUAGAGAGUCGUGAGAAAGUUAUAACUGUACCAAUCUACAAGAAGAGAGUACUAAAAUGUUUCUGAGUGGAGUGAGACAGAGCUUGCUCCAUUAAUUGUGCUUUGCUAGCGUAAUGAAUGAAAUUU